UAUUCUCUCAAGGCUAAUAUCUAUUCAGAGAGGAACAAGAAACUCCCAUACAUACACUCAAGGUUUCAAAGACCGCGAGGCACGAGCAAAAGGAGUUGAGAAUACUUUGGAGAUUACCUGUAAUGGUAGCUUCCACGGUGGAGGCCUUGAGCCCUGAAGACGGAGAGCGAGUCCCCUUCACAAGAGACAAACACUACGCGAUGCAUGGUGAGAUCUUGAUGAUGGUUCUUGUGGUAAGCUUCGCUGUUUUCCUCUUGUUCCUCGUCUUGCUUCCUUGUCUGAAGCGCCGUUACACUCACCACUCCGACGUGUCUGAAGAAGACGCUUCAUGGAGCGGAAGAGUUAAGCCAUCACCUGUUCCUGUUGUAGUAGUAAGCAUACAAUCGAUUUCGAAAUAACAAAAGCUUGUAUUGAGCUUCUAGUAACAAAAAUUUGUAGAAGCGCGCGUAUGUUAGUAGUCACUAUAUCUCUUCACUACAUUACAACAUUGUACCCAACUGCAACAACAAUAUGAUGUCUUUUCACUAA